AUGUGUGAGUGCACGAGACGGAAAGGGGGGGGGGGGGGCUUGAGUCAUGAUGGCGAGAACGGCGACGUGCGCGCUGAGAGAACCUACAGAGAACCUACAGAGAACCUGACAGAGAACCUGACAGAGAACCUGACAGAGAACCUGACAGAGAACCUAACAGAGAACCUAACAGAGAACCUACAGAGAACCUACAGAGAACCUACAGAGAACCUGACAGAGAACCUGACAGAGAACCUGACAGAGAACCUGACAGAGGACCUGACAGAGAACCUGACAGAGAACCUGACAGAGAACCUGACAGAGGACCUGACAGAGAACCUGACAGAGAACCUGACAGAGAACCUGACAGAGAACCUACAGAGAACCUGA